GCGGAGACCGUUGUAUUGUAUGUUGACUGACUGCAUUUUGCGAUUAUCAAUUUUAUUUCGAGUUAUUUCCUUAAAUUUUUUGUGUUCAUGCCAGUACAGUAUUAUAAUGUUUACUUAUUAAAUCUGAAAGUAACUGUACGAAGUGUACGAUUUAGCUGUUAAUUGUAUACAGUUCACUAUGUGGGAAUUCGAGGAUGGGCUUGCAGAGGAGGCGCUCGCGCUCGAGGAGGCACGAGUCUUAGGAGAGUUACUUCACGUCGGCGUCGCGCGCCGUGAAAUUUAUGCCCUAAAUUCAAAUCUUGAUAUAACACCAUACGGUUUACGAAGUGUACCCACUCAUACGGAAGAUGGUAUACCCAUUAGGAAGUUGUACGUUUCAAACCUACCCCCAAAGACAUCACGGACAGAGCUGUUUGGAGUGUUUGCUCAAUAUGGGUUCAUCAAAAGCUGUUGGCUGCGAAUGGGAGACCGGGGCCCCAACAGGACUCCAACUCCUACAUAUGCAUUUGUGACCUUCAGUGAUCCCGCAGAUGCACACAAAGCACUCAUGGCACCAGAUCAGGAGAAGAUACUGAAAGGUUACAAGCUCAAAACGUCUCCCGCGGACAGCUGGCACCAACCUGCCGAGGAUGCUGAUGGCCAAGUCACAUGGAAAUCUAGCAACCGGCAAUAUGGCAGCGAAGUUCCCCUGGAAUCUUCAACUGAUAGUGGUGAAGCUGGAACACAGGAUAAUAAUGCAGAGGCAAAUGCAGAAGAAAAAGAAAGCACAGAAAAGGCAUACACAAUAUUAGACAUACUGAACAGGGACUGUCUAGCUCAUGUGCUCAACUUCGUUCCCAUCAUAGACUUGAUCCGGUCAGAGCGCGUGAGCAAGCGCUGGCAGAGCUUGGUCCAGGAACAUACUAAUGGUAUUCGAAAAUUCAAGACGUCAUGGUGGCAACACGGUACAGUGACACUAACGACGGCGGUAUUACGGCGGGUGCUGCAGCGAUUGGGCCCGAACCUGACACGACUGCACAUCGACCACCACUGGUCGGCGCUCAACGACCGCACGGCGCACACGGUGGGCAAGUUCUGCCCCAACCUGGAGGAGCUCAAGGUUGUCGGGAUGUAUACAAAAAAUUGGAAUCCACUUAUUUAUGGAUGUAAAUAUUUAAAAGCGCUUUCCUUUGUAUCUUGCAACAAGCUGUCUGACUCAAGUUUAGUACGAAUAGUGAAAAGCGAAGCGAGCAUAGAAAGCAUAACAGUAGCCAACAACACGCACGUGACCGGUCUGUUCCUCACGGGCUCCAACCCGCCGUGGCUGCACACGCUCUCCUUCUACAACUGCUACAGCCUGCAGGGCACCGUCAUAUGCGCCGCCAUAGACACGCUACCCAACCUCAAAACACUCAGGCUGGAUGUAUGCCCCGUCGCCAUGUGGAAAAUCAUACCACUCAUACUCAACAAACUACCGCAACUAGAAGAGUUAUCACUCAGCGAAUACACGUCUAUGGAAGUCAGCUCAACGCCACAAGUCAAUAUUGACUUUUGCGAAUCAUUGUCCAAGAUGACCGAGUUGAAAGUUUUGAACCUCAGCCGGAAUAUCUACAUCAAUAAUGCGAUACUGAAGAUGGUCGCGCAGACGUGCAGCAAGUUGGAGUCUUUGAAUGUCUCGAGUUGUAAUGCUAGAAAGAUCAACCCUCAGCCAGUGAGUUUGUACACGUGGAGGGAUCACAGUUCCAAGGAAGGCGUGAGUGACGAGGGCAUCCUAACGAUAUGCCGCUCGUGCACGGCGCUCAGCAAGCUGGACAUCUCGUACAUCGCGCUGCUGACGGACGCGGGCGUCGCGGCCGCCGCGCGGUGCGCUCGCCUCGCCAGCCUCACCGCGCGCGGCAACGCCUCGCUCAGCGCCACGCCCUUCGCCGCCGUGCUGGACGCCUGCGCCGAGCUGCAGGAGCUGGACGUAUGCGGUUGCGACAGCGUGUCAGAAGAGCUGGUUGAAGCGGCUACGGCGACGCUCGCGCGGACGCCGCGCCCGCUCAUGCUGCGGAUGGGAGGCACCGCGGCCAUGGCAGAGAGUUACCCGUCGCACAAGCUACUGGUAGUAAGCACCGAGGACCUGAGCAACCCGCACUUGCGGCCGGACUUUGUGGACCGCAUCUUCGAAGACAGCUCCGACGACUCGCUCGACGACCCCUACGAUCACGACAACUUCGACGACUUCUUUGGCUCCGAUGGAGAUGAAGAAAGGUGGGAAGAUCUCGACUACGAUGACGCGAUGUACGCGUACGGGCUGCACCCGCGGAACCUACUGCUCAUGUAAUGCGGCUAGGCCCUGUCUGACGGCCCCACGGAAUGUAUAUUCAUUAACAUAUGUUGUACGCUUAUUAUUUAUUUAUACACAAUCGGUGCCCAAUUGCAUAAUAAAGUACAAGAUUUUAUGCAACCAGCUCCAUGUUAUACCUCGCUUCCAGAAAAGGAUGACGGAGUCAACUUAGAAGUCUUUAUCUGUGAUUGUUUUUAUUUUACUAUUUCCAUGUAUAUUUAGAUAAUAGAAAUCAUAUCUAUUUUUUUAAUAUCAAUGUUAAUAGGAAACAAGUUUGUUUCUCACAUCCACUGUUGAGUGAUUCGUUAAAAAACUGAUGCCUAACCUGUGAUGGACGGAACUUGUAUUGUUAAUUAGAGCCCUUCACAGCGGUCUCGUACUCAACAUUAUUUACCAACAUGCCUAUGUAAAAAUAUUUAUGGAAACUGUAAAAUAUAUUAAGUAAAGUCUGAAACAAUUGUGAUAGAAUACUAUAUAAUUUUUAAUUUCCCUUGUAACAGCAGCUUAGUUAAAUGUAAUAUUUUAGCAGGGAAAUUUUGUUUACAUAACACUUAAUAACAUUUUAAAUAGAAUAAUUGUUACAGAAUUUGUUAUAUUUGUCAAAUAAUUGAUAUAGUAUAUGCUAUGCUAAUUUGCUAACCUCAUGAGGCCAUGUCCACUAAAUCUACAUUAUUGAGAAGAACUUGCUUAUUAUUUUAUUUGUAUUCAUCAUUUUGGAUUACUUUUAUUUUAAUUCAAGAAGAACAGUCAAUUUUCUCUAAUUUGUAACUAUAGAGUGUGAUGUUUAUUUCCCAAUUUAGACAUUGUUUUAAGUUUAGACUCCUUUUUCAGGCUUUUUUAUGUUAUUAUAUUUUUUCUUUUUAAGAUCUUAAUACAUUGCAAUCAAAGAUGAUUUUAUUUUUCAGAGAGAAUGAGGUAGGUUGUUGUAAUCAGUGCUCUAAUUUAUAUACUAUUUUUUUUAUUUUUUAUUUAAAAGGUGUAACUAUGAAUUGCUAAUGAUUUCAUAUGAAAAACCUUUCUGUUGAUUCUGAUAGGAUUAUCUAAUUUCAAUUAAGUGACUCACUAGGAUGAGUAAUGGUUUUUGUUAUAAAUACACAAGAACCCUCAAAUAACAACAGAGGCAUUGUUUUUUCUUACAAUAUUUUUUGUUACCUACUCAUUUAUUGUUUUAGUAAAGACAUGUUAUAAUUAGACCCUAUUAUCUUGUCGCACUGACAUUGCUUUUCAGUAGAGUGUGAAUGUUUUUUUAUCGACUAUCUAAAUGUCGAUAGCACAGAACUUAAAGUUAUUAUGUCACUGAUAAUUUCAAAGUGUCACUAGGUAGGUACUAUAUUACUUUAGAUAAAAAUAUAUAUGAUAAAAAACUGGUCAAGUGCGAGUUGGACUCGCGUUUCAAGGGUUCCGUACAUCACACAAUUUUUACCAAUGUUUUUUAAUGUACGUGAAAAGUGAGUAAAUCAUCUUGAAAAACCCGGAUGUGUGAGAUCAAAAGUUUUCAUUGAGAUUGAGCAUAUACUUAUUGCAUUAUAUAAACAUCAAUAUUUAGAUAGUCGAUAAAAAAAACAUUCACACUACUGAAAAGAAAUGUCAGUGCGACAAGAUAAUAGGGUCUAGUAAUAAUAAUAAAUGUCACUUGUCAGUAACUAGCAUGAACUUGUUUUUCUUUAUAAUUAUAGUUAUGUUACUAGAAAUGAUUUGUUUUUGUGUUUUAGGAUAAAGCUCAUUGCAUGAGAUAAUUUGUGAAAAGAUCUUAGUUUUUAUACGUUAAUUUAUCUAUAAGAAAUUAAUUAUAAACAUUAUCAUCUGGAA